AUAUAUGCAUACUAACAUGGAGAUCACAAACAUAUCUUCUCUACUCUCUUUGUUCAUUUUAGCAAUGCCUUUCAUACUUAGCGCCCUAGCCAACAACAUCACCACAGAUCAGUCCUCUCUUCUUUCUUUGAAAUCCUACACCACCUUAAGUCACAACCAUACAUUGGCAAACAACUGGUCAACCACUGCUUCUAUUUGCAAUUGGAUUGGAGUUGUUUGCGGAUCCAAACACCAUAGAGUGGUCGCAUUAGACAUAUCAAAUAUGGGAAUUGUGGGUACCCUUCCUCCACAAUUAGGCAACCUCUCAUUUCUUGUUUCUCUUAACAUAAGCCACAACAGUUUCUAUGGAAAUUUGCCUAGAGAGUUAGCCAGCCUACGCCGACUACAAUAUAUAGAUUUUGGCUAUAAUAAUUUUAGUGGAAAAAUUCCAGAAGAGAUUGGCAAUCUUGAGAAUACAAAAUGGCUGAUAUUGGAAGUUAACUAACUUGAUGGUCCUAUCCCCUUCACUAUCUUCAACAUUUCCACAUUACAAAAUUUGGUCCUCAACAAUAAUGGCUUAUCUAGCUCUCUUCCAAUGAAGCUCUGUCAACAUGCUACAAAACUCAAAGUGCUUAGUCUGUCUUACAACAAGUUAGGUGGUUAUAUUCCAAAGAAUUUAUCAAGUUGCUCAGAACUUGAACAAUUGGAGUUGGCUCACAACAAUUUUGUUGGAACAAUUCCGAGAGAGAUUGGGAGCUUAAAUAUGCUUCGGAUUUUAAAACUCAAUUGGAACAAUUUAGAAGGAACGCCAGAAACAAUAUUUAACAUUUCUACACUAACUUUUAUAAACAUGGCAAACAACUAUCUCUUUGGUAUUCUCCCGUCAAAUAUGUGUUCACAUCUUCAAAAGCUUGAAGUACUUUACUUGUAUAAGAACAAGCUAUAUGGCAACAUUCCAAGGAGCAUAGUUGAAUGCUCAAUGCUAAAAUCUCUUCAACUUUCUGAUAAUUCCUUGUUAGGUGAAAUACCAAGAGAGUUUGGGAGCUUGAAUAUGCUUGAGGUUUUAAUACUCGAUAGGAACAACUUGGAAGGUGAAAUACCAAAAGAGAUUAGGAGGUUGAAUAUGCUCCGAAUUUUAAUACUCCAUACUAACAAAGGUGAAAUACCGAGAGAGCUGGGCAACCUUGAUAAGCUAGAGUUACUUGAGUUGAAUAAUAAUGGAUUAAGUGGUUCUAUUCCGUGGGAAAUCUUCAAUAUUUCAACACUUGAAGUACUAGCAUUGGGAUUUAAUAAAUUUUUAGGUACUCUUCCAACAUCUUUAGGUUAUUGGCUUCCCAAUUUAGAAGAACUGUACCUGGACGUAAACUAUCUUAGCGGAGUUAUACCUCCCCAAAUCUCAAAUGCUUCCAACCUUGUUGUUCUUGAACUUAGCACGAACCAGUUCACAGGCUUCAUUCCGAAUUCCCUUGGAAACUUAGCACAAGUCAAUUAUCUAAGUCUGGGUGAAAACAAUCUAACAAUUGAUCCUCAAUUUAGCCUUAUGACUUCAUUGGCACACUGUAGAUACAUCCGUGUAAUAGAGUUAUCAACUAACCCUUUAAACGUCAUGCUCCCAAAUGCAAUCGGCAACCUCUCCCACACUCUCCAAACUCUCCACCUUGAAGAUUGUAACAUCAGGGGACGAAUUCCACAUGAGAUUGGCAAUCUAAGUGGCUUAUUCGACUUGUCUUUAGGGCACAAUGACAUUAUAGGAUUUUUGCCUACGACCAUUCAGGCUCUUCAGAGUUUUCAAAGAUUCGACAUACAAGAGAACAGAUUAGUAGGACCAUUUCCAGAUGUGAUAUGUGAACUACAGAAUUUGUUUUGGAUAAAUUUAGGCACAAAUAAAUUUUCAGGUCAAAUUUCAGAUUGUUUAGGGAACAUUUCUUCCUUGGGAAAGAUCUAUCUGCAUGAAAACGAAUUCACUGUCUUCCCUCCUACCCUAUGGAGCAUUAAAAAUCUUUUGAUUCUCAACUUGAGUUCGAAUAACUUGAGCGGUUCUCUACUUCAAGAAAUCGGGAAUGCAAAGACGGCAAUAGCUAUUGACCUCUCAAAUAACAAACUAUCCGGAGAAAUUCCAAGUAGUAUUGGAGGCUUGACAAGAUUAAUCAAUUUUUUUGUGGCCCAUAACAAAAUUCAGGGUUCUAUUCCUGUCACAUUUGGAAAACUCCUGGAUCUAUAUUCAUUGGAUCUUUCUGAUAACAAAAUAUUCGGAAUGAUUCCCAAGUCAUUAGAGGGACUUGUGAGCAUGAAGUAUUUCAAUGUUUCAUACAACAGAUUAACCGGAGAAAUUCCGAGUGGAGGUCCUUUUGCGAACUUCACUUAUGAAUCAUUCUUGUCAAAUGUUGGUCUAUGUGGUACUCCUCGGAUGCAUGUCCCACCUUGCCCUUCUAAUACUCCUCGGAUGCAUCAAUCAAAGAAGAACAGAGUGGUUCUCAUUGUACUUGUCUCGUUGGCAGUUAUUGUACUGCUAAUUACCUUUGUUACUGUAUACCUGAUUUUAAAGAGGCGCAAGAAGGAGUUUCCCGGUGAACCUGACUUGCUUUCGGCAAUAACACCGGCAAGAUUUUCGUAUUAUCAACUCCAAAGGGCAACCAAUGGAUUCAAUGAAAGCAACUUGCUAGGUAGCGGAAGUUUCGGUUCUGUUUACAAAGCGACUUUAACAAAUGGGAUGCAUGUAGCUGUCAAGGUUUUUGGUUUGAUACAUGAAGUUGCAAGUAGGAGUUUUGAUCGUGAGUGUGAAGUUUUACGUCACAUUCAUCACAGAAAUCUCACAAAGGUUCUCGGCAGUUGUUCUAAUUUGGAUUUUAAAGCAUUGGUGCUAGAGUACAUGCCUAACGGGAGUCUACACAAGUGGUUAUAUUCUCACAAUUAUUUCUUAGAUAUGAUGUAAAGAGUGAGUAUAUUGAUAGAUGUGACAUCUGCAUUGGAAUAUCUACACAAUGGUUAUUCCAAACCCGUUAUCCAUUGUGACUUGAAACCCAGCAAUAUCUUAAUAGAUGCUGAUAUGGUGGGACAUCUGAGUGACUUUGGUGUUGCAAAGCUCUUAGGAGACGAGAACUCCACAGCCUUUACAAAUUCCCUUGCUACAAUUGGUUACAUUGCCCCAGAGUAUGGACGGGAAGGUCUUGUGUCGACCCGUAGUGAUAUGUACAGUUAUGGUAUCAUGUUGCUUGAAGUUUUUACAAGGAAACAACCUGGAGAUGAAAUGUUCAAUGAAGAUUUGAGUUUGAGGAGUUGGGUGCACAAUGCAGUUCCUAGCAAAGUAAGUGAGAUUAUAGAUCCCAACUUGGUUGGACCAAAUGAAGACAAAUAUGAUGAAAAAUUGCAGUGUGUGUUGACUAUCUUUGAGUUGGGCAUGAGAUGUUGUGCAGAAUCCCCUCGAGAGAGAAUGACCAUCAAAGAUGCCUUACUAGCAUUGGAAAAGAUCAAAGUCCAAAUUUUUUCUUUGUAUGCAAGAACUUAAAGUAGUACGAAUAGCAUAUAAUGUUUGCAGUAGUGCAUGUAUAAUAAUUCUAUUUACUGUUAAAAAAUCUAUCAGAAUUAUAUGUAGAAUAAAGAAAUGAGUUUCAAUUUGGAUUUAA